AUGGGAGCCAUUCCAAAGGUAGCGACCAUCGAUCCAAUCCUUUACAUAUUUGGGCCUUCAUCUCAUCCUAACUCCAUCCGAUCUACAAAGGCCUUAUACAAAAAACUUCAUCCAACAUCCCCAACAUCUCCCUCAAAACCUAGGAAACAUGUUUCUGAGGUCCUUGCUCUCUACCGGGCUAUGCAACGCGCUGCUGCACGAACCAUGGACCCCGUUUUUCGCCAUUUCUUGCGGCAACACAUUUGGGAGUCCUUUCUUGUCAACGCAGAUGAGCCUAGUGACAACAUAGUCCGUGGGCUUAUUGCUCGAGCACAUCCUCAUCUUACCACGCUCCAGGAUGCAGCUAUCCGACGCCCUUACUUGAAAUUACAAAGCCUCGAUCCCAAACUGAGAUUUGUCCGACCCACACCCCCUAUCAAAAAUGAAAACCCCAAGGCCGUAGAUGAGGUUAUUGAAUACUGUAUAGCACGUAUAAACAUUGAAGAAGGCCCGUUACGCCCAGCUCUAGGUGGCGUUACUAGACUGGCCGUCAAAGAAUACCCUCAGGGCAAGUCCCCAGCAUAUACCCUGCGUACUCUUCACGCACCUCCACGCAAAGAAGUUUCAACCUUCCGCGAGUAUACAGAUUCGUUAGAGCGUGCUAAUCGUUUGCGGAAUUAUCAGCAUGCUUCGGGUUUACGUGCACUUCUAUAUAAAUCACAGCCUCCAAAGAAUGCCGCCGAUAAUAAAGAUAUUGCCCCCCCGCCUAAGCUCAAUGACGGGGACAUUCCACAUGCAUAUUUCCGCUUCCUUGCUGCUUACAACCCUGCGCAAAAUAGACUCCCAGCACAGGCUCGCACAGCAGCUGGCGCAAGUACUGACCCAUACCCGGAAGGCACAGUGUCAGGUGCAAGCUUACCCCGUGCACGCGAGCGCACUAUUGUCCGAGAAACAAUUAAAACUGUGUUACAUUCAGUCAUCACGGCUCCAGGUGCCAGUCCCAUUGACCACAGAGUCAUGCGGUACCUUGUUCACUCUCAGCUGGACCGGUUAUCGAGAAAUGAAGCUUGUGCAUGGACUGCGGUGAGCAAAUCGUUGCCAAUAUAUCGACCAACUAUUAAAACGGUAGAUAAAAUGACAGAAAAAAAUAAAGACUCGAAAGAAUUGCCAAAACCAUCAUUGGUCUUGCCUUCAAUUGCACAAGCACUUCCGGGCUCAUCUAAAGAGGAACAGUUUGUCUGGGAUGGCAGCAAAGUAAAGAUUUCUCAAUUCAAGUCGCUCCGUUUCUACAAGCGCCGGAUCCUAGAUGUGAUGGAAAAGUCUUAUAGCAUCAUUGAAGAUGAUCUUGGAAAUUUCCAGUUUGUUCUUCCUCCACCUGCACGUAUCCGCUAUUCCAAGCGUGCUUAG